AUGGAAGGUAUUGAAAUUAGUGAUUCAAAUAGAUGGAAAAAGGAUGAAGAAGAAGUAUUGAAAUGGGAAGAUAAUGAGCAUGAUGUUCCAACUUAUAAUAAUAAUGAUAAUGUUAUAAGAAGAGGAAGUGAUGAUGAAAGAAUAAUUAGUCUUAGCAUGGAAGAGAAAAGGAAUUUGUUGAAUAGACUAAUGAACAUUCCUCAAGAAGAAGAAGACAAUCACAACUUCUUGUUAAAGCUCAAACAACGAUUUUAUAGGGUUGGGAUAGAAUUUCCGAAAAUCGAAGUUCGUUUCGAACAUUUAACUGUAGAAGCAGAAGCGUAUGCGGGGACAAGAGCAUUGCCUACAAUGUUCAACUUCACAAUCAAUAUGAUUGAGGGUGCCUUGAAUUAUUUUCACGUUCUCCCAAAAAGAAAGAAGUCAUUUUCAAUUCUGAAUGAUGUUAGUGGAAUCAUCAAGCCUGGAAGAAUGACACUACUUUUAGGUCCGCCAGGUUGCGGCAAGACAACAUUGCUACUAGCUUUAGCUGGAAAGCUAAAUUCAGAUGUAAAGGUUUGUGGGAAAGUAAGUUAUAAUGGGCAUGGAAUGGAUGAAUUUGUACCAGAAAGAACAUGUGCAUAUAUAAGUCAAGAUGAUGUUCAUCUAGCAAAUCUAACGGUGAGGGAGACUCUUGAAUUUUCAGCUCGAUGUCAAGGAGUUGGACCUUGUUAUGAGAUGUUGGAGGAGUUGUUAAAGAGAGAAAAGGAAGCAAAUAUAAAGCCAGAUCCUGAUAUUGACAUGUUUAUGAAGGCAGCAUCAGUUCAAGGGAAAGAGCCAAAUAUAAUAACAGAUUAUACCCUCAAGAUAUUAGGUCUUGAGAUAUGUGCUGAGACACUAGUUGGUGAUGAAAUGGUACGAGGGAUUUCUGGUGGACAGCUAAAGAGACUCACCACAGGAGAGAUGAUGGUUGGACCAGCAAGAGCUCUAUUUAUGGAUGAAAUAUCAACUGGAUUAGACAGUUCAACGACCUUCCAAAUCGUCAAAUCUAUUAGACAAUCCAUUCACAUUCUUAAGGGAACUGCUCUUAUCUCCCUCCUGCAGCCUGCACCGGAAACUUACGGCCUUUUUGAUGACGUGAUUCUUUUGGCGGAUGGGCGAAUUGUAUAUCAAGGUCCACGUGAACAUGUCCUUGAAUUCUUUGAGUAUGUCGGAUUUAAAUGUCCUAGGAGAAAGGGAGUAGCUGAUUUCUUGCAAGAAGUGACCUCUAGGAAAGAUCAGGAGCAAUACUGGGCAAGGAAAGAUGAGCCAUACAAAUUUGUUUCGUCCAGGGAGUUCUUUGAAGCAUUUCAGUCCUUCCAUGUCGGACGCGAACUUUCAAAUGACCUUUCUGUUCCUUUUGACAAGGCUAACAAGCAUCCUGAUGCUCUAACCACCAACAAGUAUGGCGUUAAAAAGAGGGAACUUUUGAAAGCUUGCAUGUCUAGAGAAAUCCUUCUCAUGAAGAGGAAUAUAUUUGUCUACUUGUUCAAGAUAAUACAACAUCUGUUAUUGGCUUCUAUAACAAUGACACUGUUCCUGCGAAUCAAGAUGCCGAAGGAGACACAGACAGAUGGAUUCAUCUUUAUGGGUGCAUUGUUCUUUACAGUAAUUGCGGCUAUGUUCAAUGGGUGCUCAGAGGUUCCUUUCACUAUCUUGAAGCUUCCGGUCUUCUUCAAGCAGCACAACCUUCUCUUUUUUCCUGUAUGGGCUUAUACGUUGCCUGCAUGGAUAGUCAAGAUCCCAAUCUCAAUUAUCGAGUCUUCCAUUUGGGUUUCUAUCACAUAUUAUGCUAUAGGAUUUGAUCCAAACAUCGUAAGGUUUUCCAAGCAGUUAUUUCUAGUGAUAUGUGUUGACCAGAUGGCUUCUGGAUUAUUUCGCUUCAUGGCAGCUGUUGGAAGGAAAAUGAUAAUCGCAAACACAUUGGGAUCGCUUGCAUUACUUCUUGUUCUUGUAAUGGGUGGAUUCAUAAUGGAUCGAGAUGAUGUGAAAAAAUGGUGGUUAUGGGGUUACUGGUGUUCUCCAAUGAUGUAUGCACAGAAUGCCAUAACUGUAAAUGAGUUUCUCGGCAAUAGUUGGAGAAAUAAUGUUCCCGGUUCAACAGAUAAACUAGGAGUUGUAGUCUUAAAGUCUCGUGCAAUGUUUCCUGAUGCACACUGGUAUUGGAUUGGAGUAGGCGCAGUGCUAGGAUACGUUGUUUUUUUCAAUCUUAUGGCUACGUUGGCCUUAACUUACCUCAAGCCAUUUGGAAAAUCUGGUGCGGUUUUGCCUGAUGAAACAGUUGCCGAAAGGAAGACAAAGAUACGGAAUAUAGACAUAAAUUCAUCAACAGGAGAAAUGAAAAAUGAGGGCCAAAGAAAUGCAUCUAUUCGAGAAACCAGGACAAUCAAGAAGGGAGGGAUGAUUUUACCAUUUCAACCUCUUUCACUUGUUUUUGAUGAUAUCAGAUAUGCAGUCGAUGUGCCUCAGGAUAUAAAACCUCAAGGUGUUUUGGGGGAGCGGUUAGAGCUUUUGAAGGGAAUUAGUGGUGCUUUCCGUCCAGGAGUCCUUACAGCUCUAAUGGGUAUUAGUGGAGCUGGAAAAACUACUUUGAUGGAUGUUUUGGCUGGUAGAAAGGCGCAUGGAUAUAUGGAAGGAAGCAUAACUAUAUCAGGAUAUCCGAAGAAGCAAGAAACAUUUGCACGAAUUGCAGGAUAUUGUGAACAAACAGAUAUUCAUUCUCCUAAUCUUACAGUACAUGAAUCGUUACAAUUCUCAGCAUGGCUUCGAUUGCCUCUAGAAGUUGACAGCGCAAAUAGAAAGAUGUUCAUUGAAGAGGUGAUGGAUCUUGUGGAACUAACCCCACUGAAGGAUUCCCUUGUUGGAUUACCCAGUGGGAGUGGUCUUUCGGUUGAGCAGCGCAAACGACUUACUAUAGCUGUUGAGCUUGUUGCCAAUCCAUCUAUAAUAUUCAUGGAUGAACCAACCUCAGGACUCGAUGCUAGAGCCGCUGCAAUUGUCAUGAGAACCGUUAGAAACACAGUUGAUACUGGUCGAACAGUCGUAUGUACCAUCCACCAACCCAGCAUUGACAUCUUUGAUGCAUUUGACGAGUUGGUGCUUCUAAAACAAGGAGGUGAAGAAAUCUAUGUCGGUCCAUUAGGCCACCAUUCGUCCGAGUUAAUCAAAUACUUUGAGGGAAUAAACGGAGUACCCAAAAUCAAGGAUGGUUAUAAUCCAGCCACUUGGGUGUUAGAGAUCACAUCGAAAGCACAAGAAGCUGCCCUUGGCGUUAAUUUUGCAGUACUAUAUAAAAGCUCAGAACUAUACAGAAACAAUAAAUCUUUGUUCAGAGAAGCAAGUAUAUCAACCCCAGGUUCAAAAGAAUUGAAUUUUUCAACUAAGUACUCGCGAUCUUUCUUCAACCAAUGCGUAGCUUGCCUUUGGAAACAGCAUUGGUCCUACUGGAGAAAUCCAUCAUACACUGCUGUGAGAAUUCUUUUUACGUCGUUCACCGCCCUCAUGUUUGGAACAGUUUUCUGGGAUCUUGGCUCUAGAAGGACAAGGAAGCAAGAUCUUUUUAAUGCAGCAGGUUCCAUGUAUGCAUCUGUUCUAUUUCUCGGUAUACAAAAUGCUUCCGUAGCACAACCAGUUGUUUCCAUUGAGAGAACAGUCUUCUAUAGAGAAAGAGCUGCUGGCAUGUAUUCAGCUUUCCCAUAUGCUUUUGGUCAGAUUGUGAUUGAGCUUCCUUAUAUUUUAGUUCAAACUGUUGUGUUUGGCGUGAUAGCGUAUGGCAUGAUAGGAUUUGAAUGGACAAUAGCCAAGUUCUUUUGGUAUCAAUUCUUCAUGUUUUUCACCUUGUUAUAUUUCACACUUUAUGGGAUGAUGACAGUAGCUGUUACUCCAAACCUGAGUGUUGCUGGAAUAAUAUCGAAUUUCUUUUACGCGAUGUGGAACCUCUUCUCGGGUUUUGUUGUUCCCAAAACAAGGAUUCCAGUGUGGUGGAGAUGGUAUUAUUAUAUAUGUCCUGUCUCAUGGACAUUGUAUGGAUUAGUUGCUUCUCAGUUCGGGGACUUAACGGAUGAACUUGAGGAAAAUUUAACACUCGAACAAUUCGUGAAGAGUUAUUUUGGAUUCGAGAGUGAUUUUGUGCCAUACGUUGCCAUCAUUAUCAUCGCAUUUUGUAUCCUCUUCGCUUUCAUUUUUGCCUUCUCGGUCAAGGCUUUUAACUUCCAGAGAAAAUAAACAUGUCAUUUUCAGCUUAAUUUACAGGAAAGAGGCCUCAACUAUGGCCUAAUGCUUCGCUGCUUCAAUGUCAUAUGGACAAUACAUUUCUCCACUACACUCAACUCUUGUAUCUUAUACCAAAAAAACUAGAUGAAGGAUGCCCAUGCUGCGCAUGGACCAAAGUUUAAUUACAAUAAUUGUUGUUUUAGUGUAUUGUUUCUACUAUUUUGUAAGGAGUAUUCUUCUUUAUUAAA